AUGAAGGGUAGCGACAGCUUGCGACGGGCUAACCGUCCCGCUGCCAAUUUCGACCUGCCACCAGUAGCUUUGGCCCAGGCGCAACAGCAGACACAGGUUCAGGCUCAGGCUCAGGCUCAGAGUUUUCAGUCUCAAUCUCAACCUCAAGAGUCCAUCACAAACACCGUAACUUCGACAAGUCCAGAGAUAACCAACGCAUCUCUCCACGGUCAGGCACAGGCAAAGGCACAGGCUCUUACAACCGCCAGGUUCCGUUCCUCUUCGAGACCCAGUCUUCAGGACCUGGCCCUUGUCGACGGGACUUCAACUUCAAACAACCACGACCUACCUCCAGCCUAUGCCCUGUCGUCCUCAUCCUCCUCGACGGGGCCAUCCUCUUUUUCUUAUCCUCCCGCGCAUGUGCAUCCGCGCCCAUCGACUGCUAACGCUGCUGCAACAACGCACACUCACACUCGACCCCGGCCCCUGGGUCCAUCCUCCUCCGACAUAGCGACCGCUGAGCAGGCACAGUUCCUCCGCAUCCACCCUGUCUCGUCUACUUCCAGCUUACGUCCAAGGUCUUCGACCACUAGCGCCAGCGCUGUUGCUUCUGCUUCUGCUUCUACGUCUCCAUCACAUACACCUAAUUCUCUUCUUCGACAACACACCUCGCCGCCGUCUGCUGUCGACAACAACUCUGCCCACUUUGUUCCUCGAGGCGGGUUGCCCCCCGCGCCGUCCAUCAUGUAUCAGGCAAACCAGAGACAUGUCUCGGGCACCGAUCCCUCGAGACCCUACCAGGUCCCUCCGCCGCCGCCUCCCCCCAUGGGAGGUCCAAAUAACGGCCAUAUGCCUAAUAUGAUGAACUUGCCUCCGCCGCCGCCGCUCCCUCGAUAUAAUACCGCCCCGGGUUCAAAUGGCCUCUCGCUCCCCCCACCUCCCGGUCCGCCUCCGGCGAGCGCCCUCGGCCAGCAACCUCCGUGGCACGGUGCCUUUGGGCGCAUGUACGACAGCCGGUCAGGAUUCAACAUCCCCCCGCCGCCGCCCAGUAGCCAGCACCAGCCGUACAACCCAAAGUUACACGCCCAGAUCGCCGCAGGGCAAACAGUCUCUAUCCCUCCACCUCCCCCGCCGAAUGAGGCCAUGAGUGCGACCUACAUACCGCAGGGCGACACGUACGGAGAGGGAGUUGGUAUCCCCGCCUUUGGAUUGGAAGACCCAACCCUGACUGUCAACUCGCAGACAUUACGGCCAGUGACAACACCGCAGAGCGGGACUGACACGAAUGCCACAACCCCCAUGGACGAGGCUACUAGAGAACGUCUCUAUGCUGCCAACAACGCUCAGCCGCGCGGUACCUCCAAUUCUUCAAACCCUACUCCUCCUGGCUCGAUCCCUCCAGAAAUUGCUGCUCAGUGGCCCCUCGACACCGUGCUACUUUGGCUGGCUCAGAAUCAGUUCUCCAAAGAUUGGCAGGAAACUUUCAGGGCCCUCAAUCUUCACGGAGCGCAAUUCCUUGAGCUCGGAAGUGGUCACGGCGGACGUGGUAACUUUGGUAUGAUGCAUCAGCAGGUAUAUCCCCGGCUUGCACAGGAGUGCACCAAUAGUCGAACUGGCUGGGAUCAACCACGAGAGCGAGAAGAGGGGAAACGAAUGCGAAGGCUAAUCCGAAGUAUUGUGACCGGUCGACCCGCUGAUGUGUCUAAAGUUUCAACGUCUCACGGCCGGAAAGAAUCCCUCAACGGCGGACAUGGGAACAACCUACCAAGCGCUGGAACCGAUCCCAUGGACUCGCCUAAUACACCCCUCACUGCUCCUGGUCCUGGCUUCAGCAGUCGUAGAUUCUCUCAAACAAGAUCUACUACACUGCCAAACAGCAUUAGCGCAUCCAACAUUAACUCAGAGUCUAAUCACCGCAAUAUCCUCAAGCAUGUUGAUACCGACGGGGCACGCCGCCAUAGUCCCAAUGUCAGUGAGUCUAGCGAGGCCACAUUUCGGGCUCCCGCUGUCCAUUCAGCGAGUCCUACUGGCAGCCCAGGCAUCCCCCCAGCGCUGUAUACUUCGACGACUACACCUACCAUCGCCCAAUCUCCUAGUGCAAUAAAAGCUGGUCAUCGCUCCAGAAGUAGUAUGGACUCGGUAGCUUCUGUCGCAGCCAUAUAUGGAUCCGGUGUGCCAUCGGAUGCCGCCUCGUUGCUGAAUCGAAAUAUGAACCUCGGGGACAUCGUCCAUGGUCGUUCCCACGAUGCGCGAUCGCGUCACUCUCCAUCAGACGGGGGUGACAGAUCGGCAGGCGGAGAGACUCCUUCUUCAGCCAAGGACUCCAACCGCCUUCUCAGUUUUUUGUCUCGGAAAAAGAAGCAAACAAAAGACGAUGGUGCAUACCCAUCUCCUGAAGAUAUGAAUGGUUCACCGACUUCUCCACACGGAUCUUUCCGGCCUGUCGGCUUGGGUGUUCGAGGAAGCAAUGGCAGUGAUACCAAUAUUGACCUCUCCGGCUCGACAUUAGGCGACGACAGAAACGGCAGUACUCUGAACAUGCGAUGGAACAAAAUCAGUCCCGUACGGACAUAUGUCCUAGCUACGAUGGACUACUGGAACUACCGAAUGUGUGACAUUACCGAAGCAGAGACCGCAACAGAAAUUCGCCAGGUAAUAUGCAUGCACCUGGGCUUGGGCGACUACGAAAACUCGCACAUCUAUCUCACGGAAGCGGGCAAGUUUGAACAUGUGGAUCCUCUGGAUGACCCGAGUCUGAUCACCGUGAGGCGAGCAAAAGGCGACCCUCUUGGAACACUCAAGUUCUUUGUGACACCUCCAGGGGUUGCUCCCAUAUCCAGCCUCUCUGUCAAGGCUGAGGUCCCCAUAAUCUUGUCUCCCAGUUACCUGUCUCCCGGAACGCCCGUUGAGGAUGCUCAGCAGAUGAGUAGACAGCGGUCUAGCUCGUCACCUCCAACAUCGCGGUCCAACACAUUGACAAAUGAAAAGAACGAGGACAAGAUAGCGCGAGAGGCAAAACAAUACAGAGCCGAAAUAGAAAGAAAGCAACAAGAGUACCUAGCCAAGAGGAAACAGGCAGCAAUGAAGGGCAGUCCUUCAGAGACACUUGGGCCUGGCAUCGUGGGUCGAAAUGUUGAUUUCGACCAACCUCGCGAGUCGCCAUAUGAGGACAAGCGACCUGAACCACUGUUUCCCCAAAGGCGACCUCCAGCACCACCCAGCGAUCCCUCGGCAACGUUGAUCAAGGCCAACUCGCUGAGCAGAAAGACUGGAGCAAGCAUGCGAGCAUCCAGCAGUAGUUUGGAGGGUUAUCCGUCAAAGCGAUACCCAGAAAACGAGAUGGCCGAGAAGACAAAGAAAGCCAACAAGCAGGCACCACCAGCACCUGGCAUCGGAGCCGCCCUCGCAGGCAUGGGCAGGAAUUUGAGUGCCAUUGGACAAUCCGCGAAGAAUGGUCGUGCCUCGUCUCCAUCUCGAUCAUCAACACAUUCGAUUCCUGGAGGUAAGGAUACCUUCUCUACCGUUGAACCCUCUCAAGGUCGAGGCAGUCCUAGUACGACUUCAUCAUCAAAAUUGACAACUGGUAACGUAACCUGGAACAAGAAGAACCUGGGCUUCAUUGUUCCAGAUUACUCGCCCAGCGAUUCAUCAUUUCUACUCAGUCCUAGUCCUACAGUAGAUGCUAAGUUUAAUGCAACAGUCCCCCGGGCAAUGUCUCCAGCGGAGAUGAGCCCCAACUCGAGUCGCUCAAGGACCUCGUUCCCCCCGAACCAGCAAUCACCUACCCACCGGCGUGCUUCUCAUGGACCAGAGCCCGAGUUUGAGGAUACGGAUGUGCACUUCUCAAAGCCGGCCCCGGCCCCACCAGCUGACGAUGACAGUGAUGACUCGGAUGAUGGGCUGUUCGCAAUUCCCAUUGCUAAUCAAAACAAGGGCAAGGCCGCUGCUGCGAACGCGGAUGCAAAUGGCCAUAGCAAACGCCCUAGCCUUCACGUGAACACAGAGCGAUCGAGAAAGGGUCUAUCAGUUGCUUUCAAAUCGCCCAAAUCCUUUGGUAGCGGCAUGGACAGUAACGAGGACUCGGGUCGGCAGAACCCGACGACUCCUCACUCUGAGACAUGGGAGCCUGAAGAAAAGGACAAGGAAAGCAAGCUCGGUCGACGAAAAUCAUUCAUUGAGAAGGAUGUCUGGGCUAAUCGUCCACCCACGGACGCUCUUAUCAACAACCUUGACGACUUCUUCCCCAACUUGGAUCUCGACCAACCUGUUCUUGACGAGCCUGGUGAGAGUGGAAUGCCACCGUCGCCGAUUGCCGAGAGUUCAGAGACAAAUAUUGAUCAACAAGCCCAAAAUGUAGCACCACCACAGCCAAGUUACCCUCAGCACGUACCGCCGGCUAUCCCUCCAACUCGCCAGCCGUCUCUCUACAACGAAAACGAUACACUUGGUUCUGACGAGUCAACUCUGAAAGCUCUUGACCAACAUCGACCAACAUCUGUGGCUCAGAGGAGUAUCCGACGCUCAGGUGGCCUUGGUCGAAUGAAAUCUAUUCGUGAAGUUGCUCGUGGUGCGCAUGAAGCCAACAAGCGAACCACUUCGACCAACCAAGGACAGGCGGCAACUACUAACAUUAUGCGCCGAAAGAGUACCAAGAUGUUCAACGCCAACAUUGUGCAAAUCCGACCAGACAGACGUGGUAGUGUCGUCAUGCCCCAAAUUCCCCAAGACACGGUGCCGAAGCGACAGACGACAUUUAGGUGGUUCAAGGGUCAGCUUAUCGGCAAAGGUACUUAUGGUCGCGUCUACCUCGGUAUGAAUGCCACCACCGGAGAAUUCUUGGCCGUGAAGGAGGUUGAAGUCAACCCCAAGGCUGCUGGUGGAGACAAGAACAAGAUGAAGGAGCUUGUUGCGGCUCUCGACCAGGAGAUCGACACCAUGCAGCAUUUGGACCAUAUCAACAUUGUGCAGUACCUGGGUUGCGAGCGAAAGGAAACUAGCAUCAGCAUCUUCCUCGAGUAUAUUUCCGGUGGUAGCAUUGGAUCGUGUCUACGAAAACACGGCAAGUUUGAAGAAUCCGUGGUCUCUUCGUUGACACGGCAGACACUCUCUGGUCUUGCUUACCUGCACAGAGAGGGCAUUCUGCACCGUGAUCUCAAGGCCGACAACAUCCUGCUCGAUCUAGACGGUACUUGCAAGAUCAGCGAUUUCGGUAUUUCCAAGAAGACGGACAACAUCUACGGCAACGACAAGACCAACUCAAUGCAGGGCUCUGUCUUUUGGAUGGCGCCCGAAGUCAUUCGGUCCCAGGGCGAGGGUUACAGUGCCAAGGUAGAUAUUUGGAGCUUGGGCUGUGUGGUUCUGGAGAUGUUUGCUGGCAAACGCCCUUGGGCUAAGGAGGAGGCUGUCGGCGCCAUCUACAAGAUCGCCAACGGCGAGAGACCUCCCAUUCCUGAGGACAUCCAGGAUACCCUUGGCCCAUUGGCCGUGGCCUUUAUGAUGGAUUGUUUCCAAGUGUAA